ACAGGAUCAGCUUUUGGCCACAGAAUCUCAGCAGAGUCCAACACAGGGUAGUCCCAUGUCUUGUAGCCAUGCACAUUCUCUGCACAGCCCACCACCACAGACACCAUCCCAAGUAGGGCUUCGUCCUACCCAGGUUCAGCUAGGGCCUGCAGAGCCUGAGCAAAGCCCUUCACCACACAGUCAGGUGCAAGACAACCCUACACAGACACUGUUUGAUCGACCAUGUGGUCCUACAAACAUCAUCAUACAGCCUCAGCACAGUCCUACGCCACAUAGUUCUGCACAAGUUGGCACAUCACCUCCACAGAGUCCCACACAGGAUGCUGAACAUACACUGGACCAGGAGAGCCCUGGAUCAAGCAGCCCUGCUGAGCUGCAAUGUGCGCCUGCACAGGACAUUUCUGCACAGGACAUUUCUACACUGGACCAGGAACUCUCAACAGUCUGCCGUAGGCCCACCAAGACAGCAAGGAGACAUGCCUUACCAAGGCCCUUUUCAGCUCCAUGUAGCCCAUCACCAUCCUCACUCAGAGCCACACAGUGUAGUCUGUCACAGCCUGCUAGCCCAGUACAGGCUCACUCUACACAGCCUUUUAGGCCUUUGCAGCUAAGCUUACUUCCUUCUCAGCUUGCUGCUCAGUCAAGAGUCACAAAGGAAUGCACGCAAACCAGUACUACAGAGCCGACAUCUUUGGAGCAUAGCCCAGUGAAGCUGAUUCCUAACCUUGAUGGCCAAACACUGGAAAGUAGCCCUACCCCUCUUAGCCCCACACCUGACCUAUCCACAGUGCCCCCUGAUAGCCAUGGCACAGAUGGCAAACUCCCAAACCAGUGUGGUCCUGUUCAGAGUAGCGUGCUUAGCCCUGACCACUCUAGCCCCCAUCACGGUCCUGCCAUGUGCACACCAGAAAGCCUUGUUCACCUUAGCACUUCAAUGGAACACAGUAGCCUAACUUGCUCACCUUGUGCUAAUGAAAUGGAGGAAAUUCCCCUCCCAGCUAGCUACAGUCAUCAGAGUCCUUCUUGUGACAGCCCAUCACGUUGCACAGAAGCUAUUGAAGGUAAAACCAGCCCCAUACAUAUCCAAAAUAGCUCAGCUAGUGCUAGCCCCAAACAUGCCAGUCGGAUGCCUAUGAGCCCUGCCAGCUCUAUUCAGGCCUGUUCUAGCCCCAUGGCAGUGGAGACUAUCCCUGCCCACGUCAGCCCUGUAGCUACAGAGACUAGCCUCUCAACACAACCACCUAGCCCUGUAACGCUACCAGUGCAACCGAUUGGCCCCUUGGCACUACCUGUCAGAUCCGCAAAGCAACCAGCUAGCCCACCAGCAGUACUGGCUAGAUCUGUCCAUCCCAUCUCAUGUCAGGAUGAAGAGAUGGAGGCACAAGUCAACCACCACGGUCAUUUAAUUCACUCAGAAACUAGUCCUGGCCACCCAACCCCUAUUCUGGACAAUAUAAUUCAUAGAAGCCCUACUCAUGUUAGCCCAGUCCACACAGAAGCUAACAGUGGGUACAGUCUGAUGGGCUCCAUGCAUGUUCCAGAGAGAACCAGUGCCGCUGUUUGUAGUUUUGUAGACGCUCAGGCAAGUCCCACACUUCCUGGUCAGUCUGAUCCCUCACAUGUCCCGACCACCUGCAAUUCUUCUCCAUCUGCAGUCCAGACGGGCCCCCUGCCAUCUCCAACUAGCUUUAGUCCUCCACACUGUCGGUCAGCUGAUACUAGCCCAGCUAGUAGCUCUAUCAGCCACAGUCUGAGCCAUAGUGGCCAGACAAAUUCCCCGUCUGCUAGCAUAACUGAUGUCAGCCACAGUCCACCUAGGUCUAGUCCUGCUGGUCAAGCUAGUCCUGUUCACAAACAAAGCACCUCUUGUAGUGCCCACUCAGGCCCAGUCCAAAGACAGACUCCCUCAUUAGCUAGCAUGGCAUACAGUAGCCCUGCACAUUCUGCUGUUGCUUGUGUUAGCCCACCUUACAGUCCAGCUCAGGCCAGUGAAGAGUAUCGUAGCCCCAGAGGUAGCCCCCAUUAUACCCCAGCUUCCGACACUGGAACCAGUUCUGGCCUAACUGUGGCACAGCUAAGCCCCACUUUGGCUAGUUCAAGACUUAAUGUGGACAUGGGGGCCAGUUCCAUAAUCCGGAGCUGUGUUCUUCCCACUGUGGUUCAACUCAGUUCUGGUCUUGUUAAACCCACAGACAGUAUUAGGCAGACAAGCCCAGCACCUGCCAGUUCCCAGUCAUAUGACUCACCUGCUGUUAGUCCAAACCAGGCUAGUCUGAUCCAGGGUAGCCAGUCCCCAGCUAGUCCUCUCCCUACCCCCAAAAGGUCUGUUGUUGAAAGCCAAGAAAACACUGCAUCGGCAAGCCCCUUGUAUCAAAGACCAGCGACCCCUGUUGAUGCUACUUCCACUUUGGCUAGUCAGAGCCAUGCUAGCCUUGUCCAUUCUAGUCCCACUCAGGAUAACACUGUGAUGCCUAGUACUAGCCACAUUAGUAAAAUACCCGCUAGUUCCCCACUCUCUGCCCCCUCACAGAGUAGCCCUCCUCAUGCUCCACAAGCUCAAGCUAACUCUGUGCACAGUAGCCCAGUUGCUGGUCCUGUUUGCAGCCCCCUGCAAUCAGGUGAUACGCAAGUUAAUCCUAGACCUACCAGCUCUAUGCAGCCAGAGGCUAGUCCCAGUCCUGGACCCGAUAGACCUUUUAGUUGUGAGGCUAGCCCUGGUCCUGGUUCAGUUAGACCUGUUCUUGCCAUCCGUGGGCAGUCUGAAACCAGCCCAAGUUUUGGUCCUACAAGCCCUGUGCAGCUUGAUGCUGGUCGUGGUCCUGGAUGCCACUCUGUUUCCAGUCCUCAGCAACACACGACAGAAACAGAGUCUGCAGCCACAGUGGACAUCAGCAUGGAGGAGGAGCAGAAGGAGAAGACUGAAGAGAAGGAGGAGGAGGAGAUGCUGAGAGUAGUUCCACAGCAGGAGGAGCCUCACCGGACAGUAAAGGAGAGUCCAGAAGAAGAAGAGUCUGUUGAGAGAACAGAGAGAGGAGGAGAACAGGAGCAGGAAGAGGAGGAGAAGGAGGAGGAGGAUCGGCAUAGCAGCUCAAACCGUCCUCCUGCAGGGUCUGUCCUGACCGCCUCCCCCCUCCUCCCACAGCCAGCUCCUCCCUCCCCACAACCCACUGCACCAUACUCUGCCUUACAGCUCUCCUGCUCUCCCUCAUCCUCACCUCCUGCCUCCCCCCUUUCCUCACCACCAUCUCCUCCUCCUGCCAGAGCUGGCUCUCUGGAGGUGUCUCCUCACAGGACUGCCUUACUCCCCUACACCCUGUCUCCUCCCUCCCCUCCCCUGGAGGACCGCCCCCUGGAAGACAAACCUACCAAUCAAGUGGAAGCUGUGACUGGGGAGGCGGAGCAAGAGGACAAUUCGCUUCCCUGUCAUGUGGCAUCAGUAAAAGAUGACAGCCAAUCACAGAGCCAGUUUGAGCCUGUUGCUGCGGCAACAGAACCCACCAAAGAUAAGAACCAAUCACAUGCUGAGCCUUCAGAGAGAAAAGAUGAGGAGGAGGAGCCUCCUGAACCAUUGGAGCCUAUAGCAACAGACAUGGUAGCCACUCCUGAGGUAGUUGCUGGGCAACAGCCAAUGAGGGAGAGGCAGGAUGCAGAGGACGAGGAAGAGAGGGAGGAGCAGGGAAAGGGUGUGACUGGUAAGAUGGAUGAAGAGGAGGUGGAGGAGGCGAGGGAGGGUGCUGAGCAGGACCAAUCGGAUGCGGAGGAGGAGGAGCCAGUGAGCCCUGUGCUGGAACUGGACCCCUCUUUGGACAUGGAGGUGAUGGCGCUGAUGACCUCCUCCUCACCUGCCUCCUCUCUCCUGCACCUCCCCUCCCCGAGCCCUCCUCCCGCCUCCCAAAGGGGCAUGGGUCGGACUCUAAGGCCUCCUCCCUGCUCCUCCAGGCCCUUGGACGACCUCGCCAUCCGUCUGAGGCAGUCCCCCUUCUCCACCGAGGCCUCCCCUGAGACCUCCCCCGCCAGAGCUCCUGUCACCCCGCCUCCCCUUUCCCCACCCUCACCUCCUCUCCGCUACACCCCCUCGGCCAGCGAGUCUCCACCUCUUUCAAAGCCUCAGGCUCCUCCCAUCACUGUGCUCCCCCUGACUCCUAAAAUCGGCAUGGGGAAGCCAGCCAUCUCCAAGAGGAAGUUCUCCCCGGGCAGAGCCAGGGUCAAACAGGGUUCGUGGUGGAGUAAUCGCAGGGCGGUGAGCCCCCCCUCAUCCUCCCAGGAUUCCAUGGGGGAGGGAGGGUGGGACAGCCCUAAGCCCCGUCCACCGGACUCCCCCCUCUGGAGCAUGAGAGUGGGUCGUGGUUCAGGGUUUCCAGGCAGGAGGAGGUCCAGAGGAGGAGGUAUUGGAGGAGGCAGAGGAGGCAGAGGAAGGAGCCGGCUGAAAACCCAGGACUGUCUGACUGUGUCACCUGGAAGUGUGUAUGUGGAGCCGUUCCAGCCGAAGGAGGAGGAGGAGAACUCGAUGCACAACACAGUGGUGAUGUUCUCCACCUCUGACCACUUCACCCUCAAGCAGGACAUGUGUGUGGUGUGUGGCAGUUUUGGUCAGGGGGCUGAAGGCAGACUGUUGGCCUGUUCUCAGUGUGGACAGUGUUACCAUCCCUACUGUGUCAACGUCAAGAUUACAAGGGUCAUCCUGACCAAAGGGUGGCGCUGUCUGGAGUGUACUGUGUGUGAGGCGUGUGGCGAGGCCAGCGACCCCGGGCGACUGUUGCUAUGCGAUGACUGUGACAUCAGCUACCACACCUACUGCCUGGACCCGCCCCUUCAUACAGUCCCUAAAGGAGCCUGGAAGUGCAAGUGGUGUGUGUGGUGUGUCCAGUGUGGCUCCUCCUCCCCCGGGCUGCACUCUGAUUGGCAGAAUAACUACAGUCGCUGUGGACCGUGUGCCAGUCUGAGCUGCUGUCCUCUCUGUCAGAGACAGUACACACAGGACGAACUGAUACUGCAGUGUCAGCAGUGUGACAGGUGGGUCCACGCUGUGUGUCAGGGUCUGAACACUGAAGAUGAGGUGGAGGUUGCUGCUGACGAAGGCUUCGACUGCUCGCUGUGUCGAACACACGGCCGCAGCUCCUACGGUCGGUCUGACAGUUUUGAUUCUCCCUACAUGGCUCAGAUCAUCUCCAGGAUCAGAGAACCCGUGUGUGCAGAGACAAAGACGUACACUCAGGAUGGAGUGUGUCUGACGGAGUCGGGACUCUCUCACCUGCAGUCUCUGGUUGAACCUCUGACGUCACCGCGCAGGUACCGCAGGUGUAAGCCCAAACUGAAGCUGAGGAUCAUCAACCAGAACAGUGUGUCUGUCCUGCAGACUCCACCCGACCCUGACCCCCCCACUGAGCAGGACCCGUGCAGAGGUGACGUGGAGAGUGAGAUGAAAUCUGACUCCAGCCCUGAGCGAGACCACGCCCAUGACGAUGAUGUCACCAAGGAGCCUGAGGUUACCGAUGGCAACAAGAAGAGGAAAAGGAAACCCUACAGGCCUGGUAUCGGGGGGUUCAUGGUGCGGCAGCGUGGAGGGAGAGCCGGUCCGAGCAGAAUCAAACUGUGCAGGAAAGAUUCAUCAGAGAUGCUGCCGGGUCGAGACGAAGAGGUUUCCAUGGAGACGGUGCCCCCUGCCGACCAGACGACGGAGAAGGUGAAGAAGAGAUACAGGAAGAAGAAGACGAAGCUGGAGGAGGAGUUCCCUUCCUAUCUCCAGGAGGCGUUUUUUGGUCGGGAUCUUCUGGACCGAAGCCGGCAAGUGGACAGAAAGCCAGGGCCAGAGACACCAGGCGCCAGCCAAUCAGGAGCCGCGACAGGUGACGUGAAAGGCCGCGCCCCCUCAGGCCUGCCACUCGGCGCCAUGGCAACCAAUGCCAUCAAGAAGCAGGGAACACUGCCCAUGUCGGAGGAUGCUCUGUUGGAUCUGUCUGAUGUUCUCAACACUGAUCCUCACAUACUGGCCACGGGACACACAGGUCAGAGUCAGGUGGAGCGCUCCCUCUCUCCGUUUGCCGGUCUUGACAUCAGCUCCAUGGCGGACGACCUAACAGGAAGUGGUGGGCGUGGCCAGAGGGUGGUGCAGGAGGAACCUCUGGACGCCAUAUUGAGUCCUGAGCUUGACAAGAUGGUCACUGACGGUGCCAUCCUCAGCAAACUGUACAAGAUCCCAGAGCUGGAGGGGAAGGACGUGGAGGAGGUGUUCACUGCUGUUCUCAGUCCAAGCAGCAGCAACAACCAACAGCCAGAGCAGAGCCAACAAACACACACUGCUGCUGCGAGCAAGACACACACACACAAUGCAGCAGCCGCCGUGUUUCCUCGUCUUCCGCUGAUGAACGGCCUGAUGGGAGCUGCUCCUCACUUUCCUAACACUCCCAUGAUGCCCAGCGGCGCCCAGAGUCCUGCAGGCUUCAGGAUGCCCCCUCCUGAGAGCCCCGCCCCUGCUCCGCUGCAAGGCACCGCCCUGGGGCUGGGCUCAGCCAAUCGGGCGCCAGCGGGAGAGGGCGAGCAGGACGUGAUGUCGACAGCUCAGAGGGGCAUGUUGAAGUGGGAGAAAGAAGAAACUCUGGGAGAGAUGGCCACGGUUGCUCCUGUCCUCUACUGUAACACCAACUUCCCCCAGCUGAGAGAGCAGUACCCUGACUGGUCCACCAGAGUGAAGCAGAUCGCCAAGCUGUGGAGGAAGGCCAGCUCUCAGGACAGAGCUCCAUUCGUGCAAAAAGCUCGAGAUAACCGGGCGGCUCAGCGCAUCAACAAGGUGCAGCUGUCCAACGACCCGCUCAAACGCCACCAACCCCAGCAGCAGCAGCAGCAGCAGCCGCUACCACUGCCGUUACCACUACCGCCGCCGCCGGGACCUUAUGACCCCAUUUCCAUGGAGACGGAGGGGGCGUUUAAGGAUCCGCUGAGACCCAAAGAGUCAGAACAGGAGCAGGAGUGGAAGUUAAGACAGGAAGAGGUAAAUGACAGAUGGGGAGCCGGUAAGAAGAGGCAGGAAAAUCUCCCCCAAAGCAGAGCCCUAAAAUCACCAACAGAUAAAGAUUGUCCCUACCAGGCAUCUGUAGCAGGAGGUGGCAAAGAGGCUCUGAUGAUGCGUCAGAAGAGUAAGCAGCUGGCGAAGAUGGAGGCGACUCAGAAGUUGGAGCAGGUGAAGAUUGAGCAGCUGCAGCAGCAGAGGCAGCAGCAGCUGGUUGGUCGUCUGUCCCCGGAGGCCGGCAGCAGGAGUCCCAUCACCUCCUCCCAAGGCAGCGCCUCCCCCCUCCAUCCACCGCUGUCCAGACAGCACCUCCUCCUCGCCGACGAUGUCUUCCUUAGACCGCAAGCCCCUCCCCCCUCUGGUUUCUCCUCACUUCCUCACUCCCCCCUCCCAUCCUCCCCUCUCCACCAGCCCCCAUCCUCCCCUCAGAUGUUCUCCCCGCCCUCCUCCCGCCCCUCCUCGCCCUGGGACCCCUACAGUAAAGUAGCAGGGACUCCUCGCCCCACCUCCUCCCAGGUCACCGGCCCCCCAGCCCCCCAGCAGCAGCGUCACAACUCCCUCAGCGCCUCCCCGGCCCACGAUGCCUUUGGCUCCCCCGCACCAUCCCCCGACUCUAAAACCUCUGACGUCCCUCGGACCCUUGGACCCCAACCAGGCCUGCAGCAGAGCAGGGCAGGUAUGAUGAGCCCCUCCUCCGGCUCGGCCCCCGACCUCUCCUCCAGACAUGUGGGUAUCCGAGCAGCAGAGACGUACCAGAGGACUCCACAUAACGGCAGUAACAUACGUGUACCGGUGUCUGAGUCGUACGGUCGGGCUGGUGAACUGGUCCAGGGUGGGUUGUUUAAAGCCCCCAUGCCCCCCCAGCACCAGCCUCAGCAGGAGGUGUUUGGCAGCUCAGGAGGCGGAGGAGGACGGAGGGACCCGUCCAGACCCACAGACCUGGGCUUCACCCUUCUCCAGUCUCAGGACCCUCCCUUCCCCUCCAGUCCGCUGACAGGGCUGGGUUCCCCCCACCGCAGCCCCUACGCCCAGACGCCCGGCACCCCCAGACCUGACUACAGCCAGCAAAUCACUGACCCCUUCACCCAGCACUCACCUUUGACCUCCCGGCCCUCGCCUGACCCCUACGCCAACCCUCAGACUCCCGGUACACCUCGCCCCCAUUCUGACCCUGCUUACCUUGCAACACCGCCUACGCUGAGACUGGACCCGUACAACCAGCAGUCUGCCAACCGCCGGCCGUCCCCCUCUCACCCAAACAUCGACCCCUACGCCUCCAACCCCGGGACACCACGCCCCUCUGUCACAGAGCGCUUCCCUCGAUCGCCAGGGAGUCAGCGGAGCAACGACCCCUACGCUCAGACCGCUGGGACGCCACGACCCACCUCUGAUCCCUACGCCCAGCAGCCCUCCACGCCACGGCCCCAGAAGGCCCCAGAGCCCUUCAGUCAGACCCCAGUGGAGAGCUUCACUCCUCAGCCUGCAGGAUCCACCUCAUCUCCUUCAGUUCCAGGACUGUCUGGAGAGACGGUGUCCUUCACCUCCGCACACCACCAGUUGCAGCAGUCUCCAGGAAGACAACAACAACAGCAGUCAACAGAGUCAUUUCCCAGAACCUCCAGCAGCCAGACCCCAAAGCACCCUGGGAUGUCAGAGGACAGCAACUUUCUGGCAGGUCAGACUCCUGGUAACGACACCAUCGAGCAGGGCCAUGUUACAUUAGGCCCCUUACAAACGGACAAGACGACAACCAAUGAAAUGGCAGCACUGGCCCAGGCUUCUUUAGACGGACCAAUGAGCAUGCUGCCUCAGAUUGGUGACUCAGAGGAGAAGCUGAGACAGCGUCAGCGGCUCCGGCAGCUCAUUCUGAGGCAGCAGCAGCAAAAGAGUGCUCUACGGCAGGAGAAAGGUCUGCAGGAAGCAGCCUCUGGACCCUCUGCUGCUCCACCUGCACCCUCCCCUGGUCCUGCCACACCACGACACUGGUCUCAGGUGGACUCCUCCACUGCUUCUCCAACAGACCCGUUUGGACGUCCCCCACCCCCUUACCCUGGCACGAGGCCUAGUGGGGCAGUGGGGGCCCCAGCCCCCAGGUUCCCUGGAGGUUUCCCAGGGGAGCAGCAGAGGGGCUUCACCUCCAGUGAGCCUCCUUUCCCCAGGCAGAGCCUCCCCAGAGAGCUGGGCGUUCGAGGACCGUUGCUGAGGUUUGGUGUUCCUCCAGGAGCUCCAACGGGUUUCCAGGACUCCUUCUUGCGUCCUCCCCAGGGAUCUGUGCCUGGUUCUGGACUGACUUUGGUGGAAGGUGUCCCCGUCCAGAUGAGGAGGCCAAUGCCUGGGGAGUUCACAGGCAUCCGACCCCUCACAGUUCCAGGCGCUCCCCCACACAUGAUGCCGGGUGUCCCCCAGCCCUUCCUUCCACGCUCCCUCCCCCUCCAGCAGCACAGCAUCAUGGGACAGCCUUACAUCGAGCUUCGACACCGCACCCCGGAAAACCGCCUGAGGCUGUCCUUCUCUGUGCCUGCCGCCCCUGACCCCGAGGCCCCGCUGCUGCAGCCCAGAGACCCCCAGGCGCCUGCGACCAGGCCCGCUCAGACGCCACUGGGCCAGCAGACGAUGCUGGACCAGCUGAACCAGCAGCAGCACCUCGGCCACGCAGCAGCAGCACUGACUCAGAGCGGUGACGCAACACUCCCGGGGGCUGAUGGGAUGGAGGAGCACCUGGAGGGAGAGGACUCAGCCGUGAAGGACCUGGAGGAUGUGGAGGUGAAAGAUCUGGUUGACCUCAACCUGAACCUCGACCCUGAAGACGGUAAAGAGGACCUGGAUCUGGGUCCUAACGACCUCCACCUCGACGACCUCCUGCUGUCGGGGAAGUUCGACCUGAUCGCCUACGCUGACCCUGAGCUCAAUCUGGAAGACAAGAAGGACAUGUUCAACGAGGAGCUGGACCUGGGGGAGCCUGCGGUGGAGAAGGACAGGGGAGAGAGGAGGGACGGAGCCAGUGGGUCCAGAAAGACAGAUAGCUACAGCCAGUGCAAACAGGAAGUGCAGGACAGCGUCAAGACAGAAGCCAGUGAAGUCCCUUCUACAACCCAGAACCCUGCUCCACAGUCUGGGGUUGUCACCACCAGCAGACCCCCCAGACCUCCAGGAGCUCCAGGAGCUGAGGCAGCAGGCUCUAGCCAGCCCUCAGUCCCUGCCUCCCUCCAGAAGGGGGAGGACUCUGGUUCUGGUUCAGGGGCCUUGCCGGCUCUCCAGACCCAGGAACAGGCUCCGUCAUCAGGCAUGGCUCCCAGAGCUCAUCCCCCCAUGACUGGAGGUCAACAGUUGGUCUUCCAGCAGCAGCAGAGACCAUUUGGACCCUCCCCCUCGGCUCUCUUCACCCCCCACCCUCAAGGCGUCCCUGUGUCUCCCCACCCCAGUCUGACUCCCCAGGGAGCCCCUGCCCCACCUCACCCACUGUCCCUGCAACCCCCCCAGCCUCGUCUCCUCCUCAACCCCCAGACCCAGAGCCAGGCUGUGUUCCCAAAGAACCAGGACCAGGACCAGGACCAGAACCAUCACAGGCCUCUCCUCCUGGAGGAGCAGCCGCUCCUCCUGCAGGACCUCCUAGACCAGGAGCGCCAGGAGCAGCAGCAGCAGAAACAGAUGCAGGCCCUGAUCAGACAAAGGUCCACGACAGACACUGUGUUACCCAACAUAGCAGACUUUGACUCCAUCUCUGAUCCCAUCAUGAAGGCCAAGAUGGUGGCUCUAAAGGGCAUCAACAAGGUCAUGACCCAGGGCAGCCUGGGACUCAACCCCAUGGUCAUCAACAGGUUCCAGCAGGCUCCUGUGGCUCCUGUGGUCCCAGGUCCAGAGGGGACCCCUCAGCCUCCACACCUGGCGGGACAAGACGCAAAGUUGAACCCCCAGUUGGUGCGACCCAGCCCCCCCAGCUUUGGCCCAGGCUUCGUCAAUGAGUCCCAGCGGCGUCAGUACGAGGAGUGGUUGGGGGAGACGCAGCAGCUCCUGCAGAUGCAGCAGCGCCUCCUGGAGGACCAGAUCGCUGCUCACCGCAAGACCAAGAAAUCUCUGUCGGCCAAACAGAGAACGGCUAAGAAGGCCGGCCGAGCGCUCGCCGAGGAGGACGCCGCCCAGCUCCGCAACAUCACGGAGCAGCAGGGAGCAGUCCAGAAACAGCUGGAGCAGAUCCGGAAGCAGCAGAAGGAUCAUGCCGAGCUGAUCGAGGACUACAGGACCAAGCAGCAGCAGCAGAGAGCAGCUGCAGGAGCGCCCCUCCUCCCUCAACCCAUGGUGUCAAUGCAGUCCCACCCGGGCGGCCCCACCCCGGCCCGUAUCCCAAACGCCCCCCUUGGUUGGACCCCAGGGAGCGAGGCCCCAGCAGGGGUGAUGGGGCAGAGGAUGGCACUUCAUCUGCCCCCUCAGAUGCCUCCGUCCCUACCUAACGCUCCUCGGGCUGCCCUGCACACCCACACCCCUCCUCCCAUGGUGCCCGGCCUCGUUGCUCCGACAGCGGGCUUCACUGCGGGCCCCCAGGGCCCCAGCACAGGGCCCACUGGGGCAGCAGCGGACGCAGCGGCCGCCCCACCUCAGGUGAAGUUUGACGACAACAACCCGUUCAGCGAGGGUUUCCAGGAGAGGGAGAGGAGGGAGAGGCUGAGAGAGCAGCAGGAGAGGCAGAGAGUUCAGCUCAUGCAUGAGGUGGAGCGUCAUCGUGCCCUGCAGCAGAGGCUGGAACUGGAGCAGCAUGGCCUCCUGGGAGCCUCCAUGGGUCCUGGAGCUGGAGUAGCAGCCAUGGCCUCAUCUGGAGCUCCAUCAGGGGCUCGAGCCGGACAAACUCCUGGACCUGGAGGUCCUGCGGGGUCAGCACCUGCCCAUGGAGAGGAUAGUCUCUCCCAGAUGCCCUUCUUCAGUUCUGAGCUGCCCCAGGACUUCCUCCAGUCCCCCCCAGCCUCCAGACCUCCCCCACAUCAUCAGGGCCAGGCAGCAGCACCAUUCCCCCAGCAGGCAGGCCAUCACCAGGGCUUCGUAGGAGGACCCCUUCACCCUGGAGCUCACCCAGCUUCAGGUCUGCUGCCCGGGGCCGCAGCAGAGCGAGGCAGGGCCUUGCCUGUGGAUGUGGCUCCCUCCAACCUCCAGACCAGGCCAAGGCUGUCGGGCCCCACUGUGCCCGCGGCCCCGGGACAGGUACAGGUACGGUCUGCUGGGAUCGGAGCGUCAGGAAUGACACCCUCCCAUGCUGGAGGUCAGGCACAUCGAUUUGGACAAGACUCCUCCUCUUCCUCCCCAUCUUUCUCCUGCUCCUCUUCCGGCGGCCCUUCCUCCCUCAUCCAGCUCUACUCUGACAUCAUCCCUGACGACAAACCAAAGAAGAAAAGGAGCAGGAAGAGGGAAGGAGAUGACCCCGCAGGUGGAGGAGGAGCCAGGACGCCACUGUCCUCACACUCUGAUGACAUCACAGCCCCACCCACUCCGGCUGUGUCAGACACUUCCUGCUCCACGCCCACUCGAGGCAACAUGGAUCAAUCAGAUAUGUGCUUCUCUCUAAGCUCUUCCCUCUCCGGACUGGCUCCGUCAUCAGAGCUGGAAAAACAGCUGUCCGUCAUUUCUGCUGCCCAACAGAGAGGCUCCGCCCUGGGCAUGGAGUGUCAGAGAGGUCAUCUGGAGGUCAAGGAGGAGCGUGAGGAGGGAGGAGCAUGUGGAGGAGGUGUGGUGAAGAUGGAGGAGGGCGGGGGUGAGGGAUUCUCCUCCCCCUCUCCUGUCCACGGGGGAGAUGGGGGCAAGGAGCUGCUCAGACAUCUGCUGAAGGACAAGACCUCCCCAGCAACCACGCCAUCACCCACCGGCCAGGCCCCGCCCACUGCUCAGACCCCACCUGCUGCCCGCCGCCAGCUGUCCAAUGAGAGCAUCCGGUCUGAGGAGGAGGACAGGCCUGGCUCCCAUGGCAACAUGGUGACGAUGGACAGUCCAGGUCCAGAUGUGCUGGACUCGUCCGGCAGGAAGAAGGCGCAGCGCUGUAAAAGACUGGCUCGGCCGGAGAAAGACAGAGCUCCCUCCAAAAACAAGAGGAGGAAGAAAGAGGAGGAGGAGAAGACGCUCCACUCCUCCUCCACCUCCCCCUCUGACCCGCUGAUGACACACCUCAGACAGCUGUCGGUGCUGCCUCUCAUGGAGCCAGUUCUUGGGGUGGAUCUGAGUCUGUUCCCCCCGUACGGCAGCUCCUCUCUGGGCAGAGACUCCAGACUGACGGGCUCCUUCGGUAACGCCUGCCUGGACGGAGUCACUGACUACUACUCCCAGCUCAUAUACAAGCAGAAUAACCUCAGCAACCCCCCCACACCUCCGGCCUCCCUGCCCCCCACCCCCCCGCCUGUCGCCAGGCAGAAACUGGUCAACGGCUUCGCCACAACGGAGGAGCUGGCGAGGAAGGACAUCACGGAACAGGACGUGAAAGGUGUGAAACAGAAGGGGGAGGGGCUUCUGACUCUGAACCACACCUCCAAAACUGUUGACGUCCCCGCCUCCCUGCCAACGCCACCCCACAACAAUCAGGAAGAGAUCAGGGUCCAGGACACGUGUGGUCGUGACAGCCCGGAUGGUUUCAUCCCGUCCUCCUCUCCGGAGAGCGUGGCAGACAUGGAGGUCAGCAGGUACCCCGACCUGUCCUUCAUCAAACUGGAGCCACCCUCUCCCUGCUCGUCACCUACAAUACCCAUGAUGCCCUGUGCCUGGGGCAAAGGCUCUGCAGUGAAACAGGAAGUGAAGUCGGAGCCCAACCACCAGGGUCCUCCCUCCUGCUCUAACACAGACCUGGUUACCAUAGCGAUAACCCUGAACCCUGUUGCCGCUCAGAAUGCUGCAGGUGUGAUGGCGGCGGUGGCGGAGCUGCUGCGGGUCCCCGUCCCCAUCGACUACCAGCUGAUUCGACCCGCCGGCCCCGAGCGUAGCUCUCUGGCGCUGCUGGCUGGAGUCCGAGUGCCGCUCACACAGGGUUCAACAGGCAGCAGACAGCAGAGACCUCCACCUCCUGCUGCUGCUGCUGCUGCUGCUGCCAGGCCUCAGUGCUGCAGCUGCUGCAAGGUGCUGCUGGGAAACGGAGUCCGCAUUGUCAAGGAGCUCAAACAGGAGGGUCAGUCCAGACCAGGAUCCAGCUUGGUGUUCUGCAGUCCAAACUGCUCUGCACUCUACACAUCUGACCUGCAGAGCACAACAGCUGGAACCAAGGCUGCAGUCCCCGUCAUGCUGGCCAGCUCUGAUCGUCCUCCUCCCAGCAGAGUGCAGCACCAGUAUACCAGUAACAUGUCCUCCAUCGCCGUCCACUCCCUCCUCAACACUCCCUCCUCACCUCCCCCCACCUCCUCCUCCUCCUCCCCACCACUCUCUUUCCCCACUGCCUCUGCCAUUACCAUGGAGACCAGGCCUCGCAUGGACAGCCUCAAGGUGAAGGUGAAGCUGAAGCCCCGCCCCCGGGCGGUAUCAGGUGUAGAGGACUUGCUUUUGUCUCGUCAUGGCAAGAGGAUGAAGGGUUGCCGUUGGACACGCUGGAGCUUGAACAUCACACUGAGCAGGGGUCCAUGCAUCCCCAACGAGGCUGUUGCCAUGCCAACAGAAGAGGCAGUGGAUGUGCUUUUGAAAAAGUUGGGGACCUGUCUACGUCCUGAUCCAUCACCCAAAGACCAGCGGAGGUGCUGCUUCUGUAACCAACAGGGUGAUGGACGGACAGACGGACCAGCCAGACUGCUUAACUUGGACCUGGACCUGUGGGUCCACCUGAACUGUGCUCUGUGGUCCAGUGAGGUGUACGAGACUCAGGCCGGCGCUCUGAUCAACGUGGAGCUGGCUCUGAGACGAAGUCUGACUCUGCGCUGUGCUCACUGUCAAAAGACCGGAGCCACAAGUGGCUGUAACCGCCUCCGCUGCACCAACACCUACCACUUCACAUGCGCACUGCAGGCCCACUGCACCUUCUUCAAGGAUAAGACCAUGCUCUGUCACCUCCAUAAGCCCAGGACGGUUCCUCUCAGUGGGGACAGGUCCUCCAGCGGCUCCCCCUCCUCCACUCCGGGGCUGCCUGCCGACCCCGCUGCAAUGGCCCUCUGUGACCCGUACGACUGCGAGCUACGAUGCUUCUCCGUGUUUCGGCGAGUGUUCGUACAACGGGACGAGGCGCGGCAGAUCGCUGCAGUGGUGCAGCGCGGCGAGCGUCAGCACACCUUCCGAGUCGGCAGCCUUUUGUUCCGCGCCGUCGGCAGGCUCCUCCCUCAGCAGAUGAAGGCCUUCCACAAUAAGACUGCCAUCUUCCCCAUCGGUUACCACGCCAACCGCAUCUACUGGAGCAUGCGCCACAGCAACAGACGCUGUAAGUACAUGUGCUGCAUUGAGGAGCAGGAGGGCCAGCCGCUGUUCAAAGUCAAGGUGGUGGAGAAGGGAUACGAUGACCUCAUACUGACCGGACCAACACCCAAAGCUGUGUGGGACCAGAUUCUGGAACCAAUAUCACAGAUGAGAUCCUCCAGUGGGACUCUGAAACUCUUCCCAGUUUACCUGAAAGGAGAAGAUCUGUUUGGUUUGACCACGUCUGCAGUGACCAGGAUCAUCGAGUCUCUGCCAGGUGUGGAGACCUGUGAGCGUUACACCUUUCGUUAUGGCAGGAACCCUCUGAUGGAGUGGCCCCUGGCCUUCAACCCGUCUGGCUCGGCCCGCUCUGAACCCAAAGCCUGCCAGGCCAAGAGACCGAACCCGUUGACCAGCAUCGCUCCCAGGUGUCAGGGCUCAGUGGGCUCCAUCGUGGGCCUCGUGCCCGGCGUCAUCUCUCUGUCUCCAGGAGAGUCGGUGGCCGGAGCUCAUCAGGGACGCCACUCCAAGUCGUCCCAGUACCGACGCAUGAAGGCCGAGUGGAAGACCAACGUCUACUUGGCCCGCUCUCGCAUCCAGGGUCUGGGUCUGUACGCUGCCAGAGACAUUGAGAAAUGCACCAUGGUCAUCGAGUACAUUGGUACCAUCAUCAGGAGUGAAGUAGCCAACCGCAAGGAGAGGCUGUACGAGUCACAGAACCGUGGUGUGUACAUGUUCCGGAUCGACAACGACUAUGUGAUUGACGCCACCAUCACUGGAGGACCGGCCAGGUACAUCAACCACUCGUGUUCUCCCAACUGCAUCACAGAGGUGGUCACUGUGGAGAAGGAGAACAAGAUCAUCAUCAGCUCCUGCAGACGCAUCCAGAGAGGAGAAGAGCUGUCUUACGACUACAAGUUUGACCUGGAGGACGAUCAACAUAAGAUCCCGUGUCACUGUGGAGCCGUCAACUGCCGCAAAUGGAUGAACUGAACACACACACAGAUCUGUCUCUCUCUCUGUCUCGGUGCUGGGGCUGGAUGUCGAUCGCCCAUCACCCUGUGGGCGGAGCUACACUUCAUAUCAGAAGUCAAUAUAAUAAAGUGAUCAGAGAUAAUAAUGAUUGGAGGGAGGGGGUGACUGACAGAUAAGGGUUGGGGCUAUAUAGAGAUAUAUAUGUAUAUGUACGUAUCGGGAGGGCGUGGCUUAAGAUGGUCAGGGAGGGGGCGGGGCUUAUGACGAGGCUGGUCCUCUGUGUGUAUAUUGAGUGUAAAAAUGACCACAGAUGUAAAUGUGAGUGUAAACGCCACUGAAAUAACCGAAUGUCUUCGUCCUCACAGGGAGGGUCAUUAAGUUGCACUAUAAAAACUAUAAAACAAGAAAAACAGACGGAUCAAUUCCCAGAGAAACUUACUUGACUCCUCCUCCUCCUCCUCCUCCUCCUCCCUGCGUUCUGUUAAUUUCCUGUAAAAUAAGAGAUUUUGUUCUUUUUGUAUUUAUUACUGAAUGAAGCUAUUUUCUAAAUCCACGGUGAGUUCGAGGUCGGGAGUCGCAGCGUGUAAAUAUGUGUAUCAUAAGUUUAAAAGAAAACAAAAAGUUUAGAAAUCACUCCACCGAGAGCUACCUUAACAUCCUCAUCCUCACCUUCAUCACCUGCCAAUCAGAGCGUCGUUCUGUUUGAGUUUUGAAUAAAGUUUCACUGUUUCUGUUUCCUGCCCCGGCGCUGGAGGCGGUGCGUUCUGAUUGGACAAAGACUGUGAACAGACUCCCUGAGUGUCGGGCAGGUUUCACCGCGGCCUUCAUCGGACUUUAGUUUGUUUGUUUGUUUGUUUUUCACCCUGCGUUUUGGCUGCAGGCGUCUGUGUGUGGUGGAGUCCUGCUGCCAUGUACAUAUGAGGUUUUAUCAGGACUCUGCUGAUGUGUACAGUGAGACGACAUGAAGCCUUGUUUUUGUUUGUUUGUUUUUUUUAUUAUUGGAAGUAAACAAAGUGUGACGAUGAUGAUGAUGAAGAUGAUGAUGUUUUUUGUUUUGGGGAAAAAUGUGGAAUCUGAUUUAGAAUCAUUUACAGAAAAUAAAAUAUUUUACAUCAUGAACAAA